AUUUACUCUGAAGACUAGUAAGUCAAAGCUUGAUCUGCGGACAGCUUAUUGUAGUCACUGCUGGAGAGAAAAUCAUGUUUAGGUUAAUGGUUUCUCUGGUCUGUUUAUUACUGUGGAGCCCUAACGGACUGUUUUCAGCCUCUGAAGACAUUUGCGUAGGUGGGUAGGUCAUUGAAAAUAUUUAGAUAGACCUAAAAGGGCGAUAAUUGCAAUAACGUUGUUUAAAACUUGCUUGAAGGAACAGUAACAAGUAAGGAAAAUGCCAAAGAGGAAUUAAUUCAUCUUCCUAAUAGAUCAGUAUAGGCUGCAUUCUUUUGCAGCACGAGCGUCUUUUUCAGGCUUGAGAGCGAGCAAUCGAAAUGCGAUCGACAGGUAGGGGUAAAGAAUGGUACCUUGAAAAACGUGGAUCUUGGAAAAUUUUGGCCUGAUCACGAAUCACGGAAGCAUUUUUGAUGGGUCUCGAAGACUCGUUUUUGGGUGAUUUUUGCUUCUCGCAUGUCUCGAUUUUUUUUGCCAACGGUUCUCGGAGUCUCCGAUUUGUCGUUUUUUUCUUCUGGGUCGAAUUUUUCAGGCUUCAUUUGUACAGCUUACGUAAUUGAGGUAGAAAAGACGAAGCAGUAUAUUGGUGGGCUUUCGCUAGCUUCCACUGGCGUUUUCGGUCACUUUAUUUAGCUUUAUUUGUACCAUUAUCUCGAAAUUUUCGGCGCUUAUAGUCUCGGGAAAACGCUUAUUCUUAUAAGUCUCGGUCUUAAAUUUUGAAAGUCGUAGCAAAGUCUCUAAUUUACUACUCUGUAUACCCCUACAGAUGUACGCGUAUGUUGCAAAUGAAUGCACCAACCAAUAGGGAUUUACUAGAAAGCCUUUUUUUAGCAUUUUUCUAUGAAAAUGUUAUUGCAAUUCGUUCUACGUAGUUUUGUCAAUUUGAAGCAUGUUUUAAAUGCGAUAAAAAAAACUACAAAAGGAAAGCUAAACCGAGGCAACCUGACACGUCACCCUUAGAACCUAAAAAUUCGUCAGUAACAAUUUCAACUGAAGACAUAGCCCACAACAGGUUAAUAACUGGUCAAAAUAUUACAUCCACCGCACGCAAAAGUAAUGAGCCUACUUAACUUGAUGGUGGCUUACCGACUUAUAAAAGACAAAAGGGAUACAAAUGUACCAGUAAGGAACUUUCACUCUACUCGUACAAGUUGUCAAGAUUUUUUGUGGGCUGUGGGAUAUUAAAUAAACUAUCAUUCGUUGUUGCUAUACAAGCUUACUAUUGUUAUAUUACCAAAUGGCUAGACUACUCUUUUGAUGCAAGAUAUAUUCAUUCUUUAAAUGCCCCUAAGUCUCUUUUUUAAUGAUAGAAUUAAAGUCAAAAAGACUAAUACAAAGACUGAUCAAACAACGUGAUAAAGGGUGAGGUGUACAAUAUUUCGACUGGCCAAUAACAGUCUUCAUCAGGUUUAUUAGGAGAAACCACGAAUAUACAGAAUAUAUACUACUGUAAAGUAAUAAACGGAAGUUACAUGGUAUGACGUGGUAAGGUGUGGCUGCUAAGAAAAAUAAACCGAGAAAAAGAUAAAGAUUACAUCAGUAAUGAUUAUAGUUCGUCACGUUUGUUCAUUCCCAGAGGCUCGAUGGUUUUGGCUCUAUAAAUGAGGUGCGCAUGCGCCUCACGUGCUUUCCUAAGACAAUCGCGUUCAUAUCUAAGUGUUUCAAUUGGGAUAAGUAACCGAUAUGGGAAGCAGAGUGGCUAUUGCUUAGAAAGUGUUCUGAAACUGUCGUUUGGAUGUAACUACCGCAGGGGUUAAGUAUAGGGCGUCUGUGUUUUUUACAUGUAAUCAUGUUACAAUUUAGGAUUCCAUUUCAGGUACCUCUCACCCAAAAUAUGAAAUCGCCAGUUUUUGUGAAAUACCAGCGCAGCAAAAAAGAAAGUAAUAAGAAAUAACCGUUGCAGAAGAUAUAGGCCUCAGUUGAUUAUGCUCACACUGUAAAUCAGAAAGAUUUGUUUUAGCCCUAAAAAUGGGACCGUUUCGGUGAGUAAAAUACAGUCCUAUUUUUGAGCCUUAUUUGGCUCCCGUAAAUUAGGGUCAAUAGAGUCCAAUUACCUAAGGCUGAUUUGAUAACCCAAGGGCUCAAAUGGGCUCCAGAGUGGGCUGGAUUAUAGCUUUUUUGGCCUUAAAUUGGGCUAAAACGGCUCCAGGAGCAGCUAAAUCAGACUUUGGCCAGCAGGGCUGAAUUGACACUUUGGGGCUGAAACAGAUCUUUUUAAUUUUCAGCACUGAUUAAGUCCCUUUCUACACAAAUCGGUAAAGCGUCCAUGUUAGGCCCACCAGACGUCCCGAAACAUGUUAUUACCAUGUACAACCAGUUGGCGUGUCACCGACUUUAACUGAAAAACCCUUCGACAUAUCUUUCGCGAAUCGAUGUUUAUUUAAUUGGUUCUUUUAACAAAAUGUGGCGUCUUACACUCUGCCUUGAUUCUUUCUUCCGUCAGGCUUUUAAGCAUGAAUUGGUAAUGAAAGCAGUUGGUUUUUUGAUUGUUUUGAAGUAACAGGUUACUGUUGUAUUUGUGCUUUGUAGAGGAGUCGGGCUGCCCAGAAGGAUGGCUUAAUGAUGGAUCCUCUUGUUAUUACGUCAAAGAUACCGUGACGAAGAAACAGAGCGAUGCUCGCCAACACUGUCAGAAUCUAGGGGGAGAUCUGGCCAUAAUCAAGUCAGAAAAUCAAAACAACUUCAUUUUCAACUUGAUACAGAGCCAAAACACAUUCACAAAAUGGGGUGCAUGGAUUGGAAUGGAACGAAAGUCCGACGGAAAAUUCUAUUGGAUUGACAACACUCCAGUAGAAGGAAGCUACUCGAUCUGGGCUGGCGGAGAACCAAAUAAUGCCGGGGGUAGCGAAAAUUGUGUCCAAAUGUAUGGGAAUGACCCACUGAGGAAAACGUGGAACGACUUUUCCUGU